AUGUUGUGGGAGCGAACUACUGCAUUUGUGGCUGGGGUUUUAUCUUCGGCCACAGGCCUUGAACAUCCCAAAUUAUCGACACGUACGACGGGUACAAUUGAUGAUUACUUGACGACUCAAAGUCCGAUCUCCCUUCAGGGUAUCCUAAAUAACAUCGGUCCCGACGGCUCUAAGGCUCAGGGUGCGAGUGCCGGAAUUGUUGUUGCAAGCCCAAGUACAGUUGAUCCUAAUUACUUUUACACUUGGACUCGGGAUUCGGCGUUGACUUUCAAAUAUCUUAUUGAUACUGGCAAUUCAAGCCUCCAAACUCUUAUUGAAGAUUAUGUUACUGCUCAAGCAAAACUACAAACCGUUGAGAAUCCAUCUGGAGACUUGGCGACCGGCGCAGGUUUGGCAGAACCAAAAUAUUACACCAAUGAAACUGCAUUCUUAGGUGAAUGGGGACGCCCUCAACGUGAUGGGCCAGCUUUACGUGCCAUAGCUUUGAUUUCAUUCGGUAACGAUCGCCUUACCUUGGGACAAAACGAUACUGUCAAGAAUAUUAUCUGGCCAAUUGUUCGAAACGAUUUGGCAUAUGUUUCUCAGUAUUGGAACUUCUCCGGCUUUGAUUUAUGGGAAGAAGUUAAUGGAUCAUCUUUUUUCACCACCGCGGUUCAACAUCGAGCAUUGGUAGAAGGAGCAAAAUUCGCCACCUCCCUCGGAGAAUCAUGUAACGACUGCGAGGAGCAGGCCCCCGAGGUUCUUUGCAUGCUACAGGAUUAUUGGAAUGGAACUAGCAUCGACUCGAACAUUCAAGUGCAAUCAACAACUUACGAUCGUUCCGGAUUGGAUUGUAAUUCAAUAUUGACUUCGAUACAUACUUUUGAUUCCGAUCCAGCUGUGGGAUGUGAUUCUACAACUUUCCAGCCUUGUUCAGACCGCGCUCUUGCAAACCAUAAAGUAUUGGUCGAUUCUUUCCGCUCCAUUUAUACUAUAAACUCAAAUGCUUCAACAGGACAAGCUGCAGCUAUCGGACGCUAUGCUGAGGAUGUUUAUCAAGGAGGAAAUCCAUGGUAUAUAUGCACAUACGCUGCAGCAGAACAACUUUAUGAUGCUCUAUGGACAUAUAACAGCACAGAAAGCAUUACCGUAACCGACAUUAGCCAUGAAUUUUUCACAGACUUAGUCCCCGGAAUACAGACAGGUACUUUCGCAAGCGAUUCGAGCCAAUUUAAGGACGUAAUCAAGGCUCUGCAAGACUAUGCAGAUGGUUUUGUAUCGAUCGCCGCAACAUACACACCAGAAGACGGAGCACUAGCCGAACAGUUCUCUCGCGAAAAUGGUACCGCUCUGAGUGCAGUAGACCUUACAUGGUCUUAUGCGUCUUUCCUCACCAUGCAACGAGCCAGAGAGGGAAAUUUUGGUCCUAGUUGGGGAGCUGCAUCUGCUAUUGCUAAAGGAGUGCCGGAUAAAUGCUCCGGUGGUGGUGUCAAGGGGACUUAUUCUACACCAUCAGCAGUUUCAUUCCCUCAAAGUGAAGAGGGAACUUUUGGAACGAAAAGCGGUUCGAGUAGUGACGCGGGAGCCGGAACUGGAACAAUCACUGGUAGUGCCGCUAGUGCGACGACAUCAAAGAGCGCUGGGAAUAGACUUAUGCCUAUUGGUUUCUUUUUUCGUUAG